ACGUGCGUGCGUUCUGUCGGAGCCGGUGCGCCGGUAGCCAAGUGCUGUACUAUGGACCUGCGGAGCAGCGCUGAGACAGAGUCAGAUCUCUCCGUCGCGACGGAGCUGCAGUGCAGGAAGCAGGAGCAGGAGAAGCUCUCGGGGGUGGUGAAGAGCGUGCACCGAAAGCUCCGCAGGAAAUACAUUGAAGUGGGAGAUUUCGAGAAAAUAUGGCGUGAACAUUGUGAAGACGAGCAGACUCUUAGCAAAUAUGCCAUGGCCAUGAAGAACUUGGCUGACAACCACUGGGCGAAUAAAUGCGAGGGCGAGGGGCGCAUCGAGUGGUGCCGCAGUGUUUGCCAGGAGUACUUCCAUGAUGGAGGGAUGAGGCGAGUGUUGGAGAAGGAUGAGAAAAGCGCUAGGCAUGCCGCAGCUGGGAAUAACACAUCCGCAGACUCUCCAACACAAUCAUCCUCUUCAAGCAGCUCAAUGUUCCAGCUUGGGAGGAUACGACUGCUGGAUGUGGGCAGCUGUUUCAAUCCCUUCCUGAAGUUUGACGAGUUUCUGACUGUUGGUAUCGACAUUGUGCCAGCAGUAGAGAGCGUCUACAAAUGCGACUUUCUGAACCUGCAGCUGCAGCAGCCUUUGCAGCUGGCCAGCGACGCCUUGGAUGCCUUCCUGCGGCAGCUGCACGGCCCCAUCGACGCUUUACCUGCCCAGUUAUUUCAUGUAGUAGUCUUCUCCCUGCUUCUCUCCUACUUCCCCUCGCCCUACCAGCGCUGGCUCUGCUGCAAGAAAGCACAUGAACUCCUGACCCUGAACGGCCUGCUUCUCAUCAUCACCCCUGACUCCUCCCACCAGGGCCGGCACGCACUUAUGAUGCGCAGCUGGCGAGUUGCAGUGGAGUCUCUGGGCUUCAAGCGCUACAAGUACGUCAAGUUCUCCCACAUGCACCUGAUUGCUUUCCGCAAGGAGUCGCCCACCACCAGCAGCGACCUGGUCAGCCGCAACUACCCGGAGAUGCUUUACAUCCCGCAGGACUUUAACACGCUCGACGAGGACGGAUUCACAGAUUGCUACGAACCUCCGCGCUCUGAGUUCGAGGACGAGCAGUUGGCUUGUAGCUUCGGAGAACUGCCAGACACACCGUACGAUUCGGACUCGGGCGAGAGCCAGAGCAGCUCGGCUCCCUUCCACGAGCUGGAAGACUCUAUUUUGCUGCAGAGCUGAACUUGUUUACUGCCCCUCUUGAUAUUCAGUACCCUAUUUUCACGCUGCCAAAAUUGCUCUGCUGCGUUUGUGUACUCGACCCCUUUUUAAGAAGCAAAAAGUUUGCACAGAGUGAAUGAGGACGUUUAAGUGGGCGUUGAUUUUUUUAAGAGUGUGCAAGACAUCAUUUUGAACACAAAUGCACACACCAAACAAUCUUAACUAAGAAAUAGAAGUGGUUUUGUAACAGAAGAAGCUGAGGGAUUUCAGGUCGAGAAAGAUUUUGCUCACCCCGUUUUCUCAUUUUUAGAAUGACUGGAUAAACCUUUUCAGACUAGCUUAACUUAUACCUUAGUCGUAGUUAUCAUCAAUGUCAAAAGAUCCAACCUUCAGAUGCCAUACUGUUUUGGACUUUUUCAGCUGAAUUUUGUAAAAGUAUAGUUUGUCUGAAAAUGCCGUUUCAAGCCUGAAUGACGUCCGUCUUCUCUGAAAUACAUAUAUUUAGAAAAAUGCCUCGGUGUAAUUUUGUCCGUACAGUCAAUCAAUGUUACUUUCAGUAACAAUGAAACUUAGCGGAGUCCAAAACGAUGUUGUUUUGAACCCCGUUGAGUUUUAUUGUUACUAAAAGUGACAUUGAAAUGAAAGUUACAAUGAAAGUCCAUUGUAAGAACAAAAAUAGUUCAACAUUAAAGUAAAAAGGAAUUAAUACACAUUUGGAACAUGGUGGUGAAUAAUAUUUCGAUUUUUGCGUGAACUAUCCAAUUAAUGGUUCAAUUCUUAGCUGGUUUUCACUGGACAUUUUCGAUGGCAAUUUCAGCCAUCUGUUCUCUACUGACUUUUUAGAGUAGCCUUUAUCAAUGAUAUUUGUAGCAUUUUUAGUGUCUGCAGAACUUGUGCGUGUUUGGUAAUGUGACAUUGUAACUGUGAAUGUGGAUUUCUCGCUUCAACAAGGUACAUAUCACGCAGAGUAGUCCUAGUUUUUCAGAACAAACAAUCUGGCAAGUGACUGGAUUGGAUGCAUGCGAUCAAAUGGCCCGAAAGUAGCUGCGUGUCUGCCUUCGUUUUUGUUUUAACCACUAAUAUAACCAGUAAUAUCCGAUUACUUGUCAGCAGUAUGUAGUAUGGAACAGAUUUCUCUGCAUUUCGCCAUAAUGUGACUUUGAAUAGGAUGAUUGUUUACUCUUGACUGUUUACUCUCGAAACCUUCGGUUGCUCUAAAUCUACUUCCUGUAUCAUUGUCUGGUGUAUAUCCCAUU